GGCGCGGCCUCCUCCGUUAACACCUUCGUUCACCUCCAAGUUCAACGCCAACGUUACAACGAACGCUACUCCCGGACAACAUCUGCAAACGCAACCAGGCCACGAUCGAGAACCGUUUUAACGCGGCUGCUCAGGUUAAAUAAGGGAAUCAGACACUCGAAACGAGCACGUUUGUCCAGUAUCACACGCUCACCAACGGGUCUGUUCCAGAAGAAACAUACACAUACCCGCCAUAGCACAGGCAAUAUCCUCGAAGAGCUAGACGAAAUGCCGCUCUUCACGCGCACUCUUCCCUCCAUCCGGCUUUCUUCUAAUCCUACGCGCGAAGACCAGGUGAACGCGUUCCUAUCGUCGGACGUCCAAGCCGAGUUCGAGCUCGAAGACUCCUUCGCGAGCAGCAUGUCGCUGAACAGUCCCCCAAGGACACAACGCUACCUCGGCUUGCCCGACUCAUCGGACGCACAAGACUCACGAGACUAUGCACCGAUGGACAUUUCCCCUGCCCCGCCACGGGUGUUCCAUCCGCCGCCGCCGCCGCAGGCGAACACCAAACCACUCUUCUACCGUCCAAAAUCCGAGCGCGAACGCGAUACGAAUCACACGCUGCAGCUACCCCUCCCUUCGUCCGCGGCGGAUAAGGUCCCGGGCCGCCCAAGGUCAUACACUGGCUCUGGACGGCUGUUUGGUACUGAUGUUAGCAAUGCAAGUGCCGACGGCCUGGACGACGAUGGCGACGACGAGGUCUCUGAGAAGGAGAAGGGUGGUCGCAAAUUGCAGAGAGCGGCUUUGCCGUUCGAGUGGAUGUCGUCUGGCAGGGAGAACAUCUCACGGUCGGUUUCUGAGCAAUACAUGGACGCACCUUCCUCGCCUUCCACGGACGGGAUGGACAUCGAUACGUCAUGGCACUCGCAAUCAUCUUCGGCCCCCGAGCCUCACUCACCCAUUUCCGCCGCCCCUACGGUAACACGAUUCAGUGAGCUUACAGACGACGAGGAUACCCCAGUCGCUGCUGCACCCACUGUCACUCAGUUCGACAGCUACUUCUACCGCUCGUCCUCGCCCAUCGAUGCGCCGGAUUUCAGCUCUGAUGCCUCUGCAUCGAUGUUCAUCGAGGAAGAGCCCCCGAGGAAGAGACGGUCAGUGUCGCCGCCAGUACCAGGCGGCGCGCCGCGAAGGCGCAGCACCGUCCACCAACCUCCCCUCGACGAGUACAACCUUGACUCGUCGCCCGCACCAGUGGAAGAGUCACCCAUGGUGCACAAGCUCGAGAGGCUGAACUCUAAGCCUGCCUUGCGCGCCAUGCCAAUACCCGCGCUCAACAUCAAUAAGCGGCGACGCCCAGUCGUUAGUGCUGUUAUUGCUCCAAGCGAUGUUGAGCAGUUGCACAGCGCGUACCCACGGCUUAUGCAGGACAUUGACGAUGACGACGAGACUGCUAAGCUCGGUCGCGUCGAGCCUAAGCCUCGCCAUGCGGCUCCCCCGACCCGCCGCGCCUUCUCUGCGAUGAUCCCACCCUCCGUCAACCUCAUGGAGUCCUUCUCGUCCGAGGAGAACAGCUACUCGAUGGAUGGACCCGACAUGAGCUCGCCAGCACAAGCGUACGCGAAGCGUCAACAGGGCAGGACAGUACGGCGACGUGAUGGCACAGACGACUUCCGCAGCAUCGGUGCGACUACAACGCUGCGUGACAGCGCAAAGAAGGAGCGCGAAGCUGUGCGCACCGCCGAGCGCGAUACGCCCCGAAGCAAGUACCUGAAUGCAGGGAACAAGCUGGGUAGCUUCGGCGAUAACGAAGCACAAGGCAAAUUAUUGCCCUGCCACCGUGUCCGUGAGGACGGGCUAAUGAGGAUCACGUGCCGGACUCUCGAUGGGCUUCUGGAUGGCCACUACGACACACAGAUCGAUACCUUCCACGUGAUCGACUGUCGAUUCGACUACGAGUACAAUGGAGGGCACGUUCCUGGUGCGAUCAACAUCAAUACCACGCAAGGCGUGGAGGAUUUCCUGCUUGGUGCCCGAGUGCAGAAGCCCGAGCCAUCUAUGAGCGGUGACCAGGCGAAGAAGACUAUUCUUAUCUUCCACUGCGAGUUUAGCCAGAAGAGGGCUCCUACGUUCGCGAAACACCUACGUUCGAAGGACCGCAUGCUGAAUGGACACGUCUACCCUAGGAUUCAUUAUCCGGAGGUCUAUGUCCUUGAAGGUGGCUACUGCCAAUACUUCAAGGAGAGCGGCGUACGCUGCCAGCCGCCGGGUUAUGUGCGCAUGGACGAUCCAAGUUACGCGAUGUCGCGCAAGGAGGACCUUGACCAAUUCCGCAAGGGCAAGUUCGGCCGCACCAAGUCGUACGCGUAUGGUGACGGCAAGAAUAGUCUCGCUGCAGCACCCGUCGCGCCGGCAGCGCAGUCGAAGCGCAGCAGCGUGCCGACAGGCGCCAACGCACUCUUCGCGGCGGGGAACGCGGCGGGGAACGCGGCGCGGAGCCGCAGGGCGCCCGGUCUGCUCCAGACACUCCAGGAAGACUCUAGCGGCACGGUGCCGACGGACGUCGAAGAUUCCGAGACGGACAUCAUCGACGACAGUCCUUGCCCGCCGCCCACGAAGAGCGUCGUGUUCAAGGGCGGCAAGAUGCCGCGAAUGCCCUUGGCUAAGGCUGAGACAUACGGACCGUCGAAGCUGCUCGGUCACUAGGCUGCCCUCGCUCGCUCAAAAACAAGUGUUAUUCUGAUGGCCAACGGUCCUUUUAUCAUUCUCCAUACCUUUUUCUUGAUGCCCGCCUCAAGACCUCAUGCUGACGCCGAGUUAAUGCUCGACAUGUACAAUACCUCCUGUGAACGACAUCCCGUCCACCACAAGCACAUCGCCUACCUCAAGUUCUGCAUGUCUUGCGCCUCCCCAAUUGAUCUUAUCCAGACGGCAUUCCGACUGUAUCCUCGAUCGUUCUGCUAAUGGCUAACCUACAAGCAGCUGCGGAGGACUCGUACUCUCCCAAGAAUAAUCACGGCCUCGCUCGGAAUACCUUCAUCCAUCUUCCAUCCGCUCAUCAAGAAACCUUUCGUCCAUUCUCGACUCGCCCAAGCCAGAUUCAUCUCAACGCCUUAUAUGUGUCGAACAUCUAGUACCGCAAGUAUGGACAGGCAUCCGCACGACAUCCUUACUACAUCUCCACCAUCACAAGAUCGGCCCCACUCUCAUCCUUCAAGCUAAGACUGUUGGUUAUCGUGUCUGUUUGUCUGCCUGUUCACUUCUUUUCCGUUCUCGCUCUUCUUCCCGGCUUUGGUUUAUCUCGCGCCCGGUGCCCAACGCAGCCUAGCUGCCACUAGCUCGUUCCAUUAUUGCUUGUUCUCAGUGUCCGGCAUCGGCAUUUUAUUCUUGACGACAUUCAUCUCCGUUUCCUCACUCUGUGUUCUAAGUUUGUUUGAAGCGUCUGUGUGAAGCUGUCAAACGGACCUCAUGUCAUCUCUAUCAUUCCUCAACUUCCGACGCCCAAGCGUUCUCGAUUAUACACAUACACCCAUAGCCCCAUGCAAUCAGGACCCGCUCUCGAAUUGGCAUCUCUUUAUUGUCCCCCACUGACAAUCGCCUCUCCAAUCGUUAAUCUGACCCCCUCAUUCGGUAACUUGUCCAUGCUCCUCGUAUCGGGCUUAUGCUCUCAUACCUAGAGUAUUUAUUGCAUAUGCGCAUCUUGGAUAAUUUAUGCUCAUGCCCAUCCGUUCCAGUUUCGAUCUUAUAGAUCCCCGUCGCCAGACCGAUUAGAUUUCAUCUAGGUGAUUGAAGGCAUUUACCCCUUAGUCCAGCACGGGCGUUGCACGAACGAGCAGGUCCGGUCCCUCGUAGUGAGGCAGGAAGCAGUCUCGGUGCCAGAGGUCAUACGGCCGAACGGGUGAAUUUCCAAUGAACAACAUUUGCACGCCGCCCUCUAGCUUGAGGUCGAAUCGUCGGAACAAAUUUGCGAGGUUCAUAUAAAGCUCGCACCAUCCGAGGUUGAUGCCAAGGCAGCUCCUCGGCCCCUUGGAGAACGCGACGAGCCAGGUGUCGAGAGAUUCGGCGCCGGGUUCGAGCCAGCGUUCGGGCCGGAACGUGUGCGGAUCGGGGAAGAGCGUCGGGUUGAGGUGCACGAAAAGAUUGCUUAUUCCGACUUUCGUCCCGCCGGGAACCAAGUGUCCACCAAGUGUCGCGCCCUGCGGCGGGACGACGCGCAUCAUGGGAGAGAAGACACCAUGGCUGAGACGCAGAGACUCUUUGCACACGGCUUUUAGGUACGGCAGACUUUCCAACAACUCGAGCCUUGGUUUCUCGUCCAGUCGCGGCCAGGCCGCCCUGAGCUCCGCCUUCAAUUUCUCACCAAUGUACCCGUCGCCACCCAGAGCGAAAACUGUCCCGAGCGCGGAUGCAUUGCUCGUCGUGUCUGUGCCGGCGGCGAUUAGCAAGUUCCCCUCGUCGCGCAAGGACGCUCUGUUCAGUUUCAUGCCCUGUGCGGGGUCCAAGAGCGUGUGGUAUACGAGCGGAUGCGGAGCGUUUUCGAGUGCGUUCGGCUGGUCAAUGUACGUGUCGACCUGCUCUUUGAGUUUCUUGUACACUUCAAGAUAUCCUUUCGGCUCCCCUCCCCACAUGCGCAUGAACAUGAGCACCACGCGCACCACAGCCAAUAACAGCGUCCUGAGCAGCGGGUGGUGUUUCCAGAACUGGUAGUCAGUGUUCCCGUCGUGCAUCUGCUCGACAACCAGUGCGUGGAAGUCCGGCUCGCGUAACGUGUGCAGGGACCAGCCAAAGCAGAAGGACGUCACGUUGUCGAAAUCGAGGCACCGGAAGGCGCGGAAGAUGUCCACGACCUUGUCCUCCGCGGCGCGCUCGGCCAUGACCUCGCAGAGCUCGUCGAUACCCUCUUGGACGACUCCUUGCAGACUCAAAACCGACUUGCGCGAGAAGAGCGGGGCGACGAGAUCCCUGCGCCGCUUUGCCUCGCGGUACUCGAGCGUCGUGAAUGUCACGGUCGUGGCCUCCUCACCGAAGGGUGGGUACAACUUCGGAUCCUUAUCCCAGCGCGAGCGCGAGCUGUAUAUCUCAUUGUACACAGCAGGAUUGCUGAAAUGGAGUUCAUCAGGGGCGAUCCGUACGACAUCGCCAUAUUUUUCAUGCAGCUCGAAGAGUCGAUCCACGAUGCUUUCCCUCUUGUAUGCUUCGACAUAUGCCUUC